AAAAAACCCCAAAUUCUACUGCUAGAGUCCCAACAUAUCUUAUUGCAAUACAUUGUCAUGCAUUCAAGAAAACCUCAAUACACUGUCCUGAUAUGGACCACAUCGGAAGUUAUAAUUUCAUUUAUGUUUUUAAAACAUAAUUGUCUGUUCUAAUAAUUAAUGAGACUGAAAAGCCAACCUGUAAUAAUCUAUUUCUAGAUGCCUUAAAAGUUAUAAAAGCUCUCAUCUCUCAUAAGAUGGAGUAUUGCAUGCAUUUGAAUCCUAUGGCUAAGCUCCACACCAUGCGUUUGGCUCUCCUCAUUUUUUUCUUGGUGUCUCUAUUUGCUCAGUUCACAUGCAGCAUUACCGAAAGCAAGGAAGACAAGAUUCCAGAGCAGAAACCAACUCCUAUCAGAGAGAUCAAGUAUCCUACCCCAUGCAUCAAGUCAGUCAUUUGCAACAAUGUUCCAAAGACCCCAAAUGAGAUCCACUUUGGAGAUUGCUGGUGCUGCAUCUUCAAAGGCGAAUGCUAUUCAUCUAAAUUCAUCUGCACUAUAAAAUGCCUCCUCGAAUCUCGCCAAGCUAAGAACAGAACUUCCAGCCUGCCUUAGAUUUAUUGUCAUGUCCAUGUGUAGAUGCAAGCAUCAGAUAUUCAUGUGUCUACUUACAGAUUGUAUGCAUGAUCAUGUGUAUGUGGGUGGCGAUAUAAAUCAAUCCUAGAAAUUUAGAACCCAGGUUAAGAAA